AUGAAUCUGGCUAUCGAGCUACCAAAUUUGCCUCCUUGGGCGCAGCAACUUGUCGGGAUCCUUCCUCUUACGGCCCUCAUCGAAUUCAUCGAGGAAGCCGCCAAGCUCCAUGUAUUUGAACUAUCAGGGCUUACGCCCGCAUGGUGUUGGCCAAUAUCGCCAAAGGGCGCUCGCCUUUUACUCUCCACAGAUGAUACCACAAACGCAUGCUGUCUCGAUCGACCAGGUGCAGUGCCUACACUCCACUGCAUGGACACAAAGUUUGGAGAUCACUACCCUAGUGCAGCAGCCGCAACAACGAGGCUAUUCUUAAGGAGUCAAAAAGUCGACGUCAAGGUUGAAAAUAGCUUUGUGGCCCUUGGAGAUCGAACUCGGCAGCAAAAGCUCUACGUGUAUGUUGUGGAAGAUGAAACAUCCGAUGGUCCGUACGGCCCGAUCCGUCGUCUCAUCGACAUAGUAUGGGGCCCAGUCUCUUUACAUUAUGCUCUGGUCAGCUUGUCUGGGUGGAUCUUAUGGGCAGCGGGUAUCAUCUGUUCGCUACUUUCGGGCACGUUUUAUGGGAUGAUAUACUUGCUUCUCAUGCCGGCAUCAGGACACUUUAUCGGCCAACUGUUUGGAACCGCGCCUCGCAGCCUUAAACCUGGCAGACACAACGGAAACAUAUCGAAGAGGCUCAUUGUGUCUGCCAGUAGUCUCAAUGGUCAGGACUGGAACGCUUUCAUUGGAUCGAGAAACUCUGUCAAUGCUCUUCUGAAUAGGCCACUUCAGCGUAAGGUAUUCCCCAGACGGCCAAACCUCUUUCGCUGGAUGCUUCGAUUCACAAUCAUGGCACAAUGGUCUAUAAUUAUCAUCGCCUCUACACUUCAAGGCUGGGAUGCCGCCGUCGUCACGUUUUGUACCGCAUUCUGCUCCCUAUCAGUGACGUACCUGUACUCAUCCGAGGAUGCGGCCUCAGACUGGCUCAAACAUCAGUGCCGAGUGAAGUUCAAGUGCGUUCGGGCGAAUCUGGGAACACGGAGGUCCUUGUUGGGAGCGCUUGUGUAUCUCAAUCCAGACCGAGAGUCUACCGAAUGGAUGAAUCCAAUUCUGGCGAGAAGCAGCUUACGUGAAAAAUGGGAGAGAUCGCUCCUCGAGUAUAUCCGCUCAGGUAGUGUCCGCCUGGAAGACGAGAAAGAAUAUUGGGUGACAUUCAUCAAGGAGGGAGCGGAGGUGGGAAAGAAUAUCGCUGAUGCGAUUGCAAAGUUGCAGGAGCAUCCUUUGUCACGAGAGAAGUGCUGA